UUACUAUUGUCAUGUCUCUGCUCUGACCCACAGGCAUGACCCGCGAUGACCUCUUCAACACAAAUGCCACCAUUGUGGCCAACCUGGCCACGGCCUGUGCCAAGCACUGCCCUGAGGCCAUGAUCUGCAUCAUUGCGAACCCGGUCAAUUCCACCAUCCCCAUUACUUCGGAGGUCUUUAAGAAGCACGGGGUGUACAACCCCAACAGAAUCUUUGGGGUCACGACGCUGGACAUUGUCCGAGCAAAUACUUUUGUGGCAGAACUGAAGGGCCUGGAUCCGGCUCGCGUCAAUGUCCCGGUGAUCGGUGGGCAUGCAGGGAAGACCAUCAUUCCCUUGAUCUCUCAGUGUACGCCCAAAGUGGAGUUCCCUCAGGACCAGCUGACGGCCCUCACGGGACGGAUCCAGGAGGCCGGCACAGAAGUGGUCAAGGCCAAAGCUGGCGCAGGAUCGGCCACUCUCUCCAUGGCCUACGCCGGAGCCCGCUUCGUCUUCUCCGUCCUAGACGCCAUGAACGGGAAGGAAGGGGUCAUCGAGUGCUCUUUCAUCCGGUCCGAGGAAACGGAGUGCACCUAUUUCUCCACGCCACUGCUCCUCGGGAAAAACGGCAUUGAGAAGAACCUGGGCAUCGGCAAGAUCUCCCCCUUCGAAGAGAAGAUGGUGGCGGAGGCCAUUCCGGAGCUGAAGGCCUCCAUCAAGAAGGGCGAAGACUUUGCCAAGAGCAUGAAGUGAGGCCGCCCCCGCGGGCCGCAAAGCCCCCGUAAUUUAUUCUAAGGUGCAUCAUGUCACUGUGAAGGCGUCCGGAGGCGAAGCAAGGGGUUGGCUUUGCCCACCUCGGAAACAAAACGAAAAGGCCUUAGCGUUCCCCGCCCUGUGAUCUCUCGAUUGGAAUUACUCUCCUCAAUUAAAAGCCUCUCUUAUUUUUUCCAGGGGA